AGUCUGAGCCAAUCGCUGUGCUUCAUAUUCAUAAGGUGGCUAGCAGAUCGGUGACAUUCACUGGACUCAUGUCGGUGACAACCGUUUAAACACUCUCAAAAUGAACACGUUACUUUCGUCUUUUUCACGACUGCGUGGAAUGACCCGUGUCAGCAGCAGCAUCCCUGCAGGAAACUUUGCAACCACGGGCCCCGCUCACCUCAGAUUGUUCAGCAGCUGGAUUGCGCCCAGAGCCACUGCAGCACCGCUGGUUUCCAGAUGUGGCCCACUGUCUUCACAAGCUGAGGGUUCCGGAGUGUUCCAACAGCUCCCGUGCCAAUACCAGCAGGUGCGGACACGGAAGAGAGGCACAGAGUAUCAACCCAAGAACAUCAAGCGUAAAAGGACCCACGGAUGGAUCAAGAGGAUCAGCUCCCGAGGAGGCAUUGAAGUGAUUCUACGGCGAAUGUUGAAGGGACGGAAAUCUCUCUCGCACUGAAGGAUCCUGUUGGAAAACCAGUUAAGACUUUAAAGAAAUGGACCUUGGUUCUGAAAUGCUUGAGGUGCUCUUGAAAAAGGAAAAAAGUUGUGUUUUGAAUCAAUUGCUGAUACUCGGUCUGGGUUGAGUUUGGCCUAAUGGUAUGGCCCACUACAUUCAUAAUAGGCGGGAGUGUUAAUACUUAAUAUCUCUGUAAAGUUAUGGUCAUAAUCUUUAAAUGUAAGCAGAUUUUGCUUGUGAUAUAAUUUGGUUAAAAGGCAAAAAUGUGUCCUUAAUAAAAUCAUAUUGUAAAAUCA